GAGCAACUCUAGUCCUUUUUACACGCUCAUCCGGCAUCUCUCUGGCAUACAUCUGUCUACUCGGCGUUUUACCAUAUUCUCAAUAUUUUACAGAGGAGACCCAGGGUUACCUAAGUAUCUUUCUUUGACUUCAAAUCAUCCAACCGUUGUGCGGAAACUGGCGUACAAUCAAGCUUGGGCAACUCUGGUGGAAGCACAGUAUAGAGCGCAAGAGAGUUCAAACGUUCAAACGUUCACCACCAACUCAAACCGUCAUGCCCCCGCGCUCAAAAGAUGCUGUGUAUAGUGGUUACGCAAUGUUCGUCGACGACUUCAAAAAGUUCUUUGUGACUCUGCAGCCAAAUCUCGCCAACGAAGCGCUACCCAAAUAUAUCAUGGUCUACGACCGUUGGAGACGACGCCUUGACAAGGCUGAUCGCUCCAGGGUGCCCAAACUGAGACUCGUUCCUUUUGAGGGCACAACACCGUCGGGCAGGCCUACUGAAGAUAAGGUGGAGAAGGCGUUCUUCCCUACUCGUUACGUGCGGUACACGAACGCCGCGCAAUUACGUCGCGAUGAAGAGCAUCAGAACCUUUGGAAAGAUAAUGAAGUCGAUAGAGCGCUCCUUGCAGAGUUCAUUCGCUUCGUGGAAUCCCUAGGUGGCAAACUGGAUUCGACGAAGGUCCUUGACUUUGGCUGUUUCCGGGACUGUCACCCAGACUUCUUGGGAGAUUUCUGAAUACGAAGCCACCGUUGAAACAUAUCUCCGGGCACGUGUAUAAUACUCGCCACAAUCUUGUUUAUAAUUUAUCACACCCUGUAUGGCAUCAACAAGCUGUAUGUGACUAGGGGCUAGUCCUGGUUGAGAAUGCAGGCUGGCGGAGCUAGGAACUAUAGAGUAAUCCUAAGUCUAAGUACGUAGGCUUGAUGUAGUCGCAUCUCCUCAUCGACAUCUCAAUAGUUUUGUCUUGCUUCAUGUGAUAACUCCCCCUCCCGCAUACCAUCCUCCGUCUCAAGUGUCAAAGAGCUAGGAGUAUCGCUCACUAUGAGGACCUGUUUCGUUACCUUACCAGUUCUCGUUCAUCAUGUUCGUAGAUCCGCUAUUGUUGGUUGCGGGAUUGACCUGCACCGGGGCGCAUCAUAGCCAUGCAACACAUGCUGUUCGGUCCUCCAAUACCACACGCCGAGAUUCCGGCUGUAGCCAAACAGCCUAAUUUGUGUGGUCC